AUGAAUCUUAAUGGGUCCAAAAGUACUAUUAGUCGUAUUGCUAACAAGCUUGGAAAACAGCGCCAGUUAGGAUUAUUAAAUGGUCAAAAACCAAAAUUUUAUCGUCCACGUCAUGUAGCAACACCUGCAGUCGUACGUCUUAUUACGUCAUAUAUAAGUAAAGAAAACCCUCCAACAAUCUCGUUAAUGGCUGUAAGAUAUAAUAUUAGCGUUGGUACUGCUGUUAGUAUUAUUCAUGAUAUUAUCCAUGCAAAAUGUCGUAAAAAAAGGCCGGUGCAUCGUUUAUGUCCAGAUGUCAUUGAAAAGAGACGAUCUGGAGCUUGGCGUAUGUAUCGUCGAUUAUUCAAUGAAAAAUAUAAAAAUUAUGUAACUACUGACGAAGCAUGGUUUUACCUCGACGGCAGACAAAGUGUUAGCGAUAUAUAUUAUGUCAGAAGUGAUGGAUUACCAGAAGAAGCCGGUGUGAGCACACAUGGUAAAACUCAGUUACAUUUUGUUGAGCAUGGUUCAACAAUUACUAGCCGAUAUUAUAUUGAACAUAUAAUAGAACCAUUUAUUAAAUAUGAUAUUCCUCGUUUAUUUCCUGGUGAUACACAGAAGAAAAUGAUUCUUCAUCAAGACAAUGCACCAGGUCAUGCAGGGAAAGGAACACUUAGUUGUAUGAAAGAAAAGAAAAUUCAAGUCAUAACACCUACAGAGUAG